AUGAACAUGACUCGUCCCUCUGUGGCUCGGUUUUGUGUUGUGGUGGAUCUAACCAAGGAAUUACCGAAAUAUGUGAAGAUUGGCAAGAAGGGUCGUAAACAAGAGCAAAUUUUCACUUUUGAGCAAAUCCCAUCUUACUGUUUAAAAUGUAGUAAGAUCAGGCACAAGGAGGCGGAUUGUCGAGUUGGGAAGCCCUCGCAGCCAAAGAUGGAUGGUGAUACUAAUGUAGCUCUUGUCUCGAAGAAGAAAGGGAUAAAGAUUAAAGCAGCGAAGCCUAAAUGGCCACUCAAAGGGGGGGAUUCAAAGAAAGAUGCUUUGGAAGUAGAAAUCUUGCAGAUGAACCCCCUAAUAGUUAAAGGUUUUGAGUCUCAAAAUGUUACUGGCAAAGAUGAUAAUGAAUCGCACCCUGCGGACGAAACCCUAGCGCGACUUGGCGCGCGCCCUGCGGAGGAAACCCUAGCUGCGGAAGAGUUGCACCAAAUUGAAUCCACUUCUGGAUUAUCCACAAUCAAAAAAGGAACAAUACUAGUGGAUUUACAGUCCACUCUAGUAAGGGAAGAAGCAGUGCUGGAACUCCCAAAGUCAAAUGCGACGGCGCCGGUGCAGUCGGAAAAUCGAUUCUUGGUUCUCCAAGAACAGGAAGUCGCUGAUAGCGAUGAUGAUGUGGAAAAUAUUCUUAUUGAGGAUAUUAAUCAAGAGAAACAGAAUGUUGGAACGGAAAAUGUUGAGUCGGUGAUUGUAACUGAAUCUCAUGUGGAUAUUUCUAGUUCUAUGUUAGAAUUAGAAAUGCGGAACCUAUCCCCCACACCAAAGUUUGGUCCGAUCCAUUUUCCUGAUGAUUGUUUUGCAGCGGAACAUCAUGACAGUGACGGGGAUAAUGAAGAGCGUGAGUUGUGGUCUGAAGGCGAAAUACAUUAA